AGUUCGUAUCGGACUCGGAGUUCGUCUCCUCUUCUUCCUACUGUAGCUUCAAAAUACAGAGUUCUAUAUUACCUAACUCAUCCUCUUCAUACAUUCUACCUCGAAUUGUCCUCCCUCCAAUAAUCAUCCUCUGCAAUUUGAUUUUUCUCUCCACUAUCUAUACGCACGUUUCUCUGUUUCUGAUUUUGCUUUUCAAUCGUUUUCGCCGAUCGCCGUUUGAUGGGUUCUAUAUCGCACGCGAUCGGUCCAAAAGUCGGUUUCCACCACCAGGUACCUCACUGUUCCCAUGGACCAUUCGGUUUCAAUUUGAACAGUGAUCAAUUUUUGAGGCUGAGUUCGAGGAAGCAUUUUGGGAGAAUCCGCGCCUCUCUUGAUGUUAAGGAUGAGCACAAGAACCCAGCGAUUGAUUUUAGUGAUCCUGAUUGGAAAUUGAAGUACCAGGCGGACUUUGAGAAGCGGUUCAAUCUACCGCACAUUACUGACGUUUUCGAAGACGCUAUUCCUAUUCCUUCUACUUUUUGUCUCAAGAUGAGGACACCAGUUUCGGACGUCUUUGCUGGAGGUUACCCGUCAGAUGAAGAGUGGCAUGGAUACAUAAAUAAUAACGAUCGCGUACUUCUCAAGGUCAUAAAUUACUCAUCGCCUAGGUCUGCCGGUGCUGAGUGCAUUGACCCCAACUGUACUUGGGUAGAACAAUGGGUUCAUCGUGCUGGGCCUCGAGAGAAAAUAUACUUCCAACCGGAAGAAGUGAAAGCGGCAAUUGUGACUUGUGGAGGUCUCUGUCCUGGUCUUAAUGAUGUUAUCAGACAGAUUGUAAUCACACUUGAAAUUUAUGGUGUAAAGAAGAUAGUAGGGAUUCCCUUUGGCUAUCGUGGAUUUUCUGACAAAGAACUGACUGAAAUGCCACUAUCUAGAAAGGUGGUUCAGAAUAUUCAUCUUUCUGGGGGAAGUUUGUUAGGAGUUUCACGUGGAGGUCCUGGAAUUAGCGAAAUUGUGGACAGCUUGCAGGAAAGGGGAAUUGAUAUGCUUUUUGUCUUGGGUGGGAAUGGCACACAUGCUGGGGCUAAUGCUAUACACAAUGAGUGUCGGAAAAGACGGUUAAAGGUGGCAGUGGUUGGUGUUCCAAAAACUAUAGACAAUGACAUCUUAUUGAUGGAUAAAACUUUUGGUUUUGAUACUGCCGUUGAAGAAGCACAACGAGCAAUAAACUCUGCCUACAUUGAGGCACACAGUGCUUAUCAUGGAGUUGGCGUUGUGAAAUUGAUGGGUCGCAGCAGUGGAUUUAUAGCAAUGCAUGCAUCACUUGCUAGUGGGCAGAUUGACGUUUGCUUGAUCCCUGAGGUACCUUUCCAACUACAUGGGCCUCAUGGUGUUCUACGCCAUGUGAAAUAUCUUAUAGAGACAAAGGGGUCUGCUGUCGUCUGUGUGGCUGAGGGAGCAGGGCAGAAUUUGUUACAAAAGACAAAUGCCACUGAUGCAUCAGGAAACAUUGUACUUGGUGAUAUUGGCGUAUAUAUUCAACAAGAGUUGAAGAAAUACUUCAAGGAGAUAAGUGUUCCAGUUGAUGUUAAGUAUAUCGAUCCAACAUAUAUGAUCCGUGCAUGUCGUGCAAAUGCUUCCGAUGGGAUUUUGUGCACUGUAUUGGGUCAGAAUGCUGUCCACGGUGCGUUUGCGGGAUAUAGUGGCAUUACAGUAGGAAUCUGCAACACACAUUACGUCUAUCUUCCGAUUCCCGAAGUGAUUUCGUAUCCCAGAAUAUUGGACCCGAACAGCCGAAUGUGGCAUCGAUGUCUAACUUCGACAGGCCAACCAGAUUUUAUCUAAUCAUCUCCAUUUAAUUUAUGCAAGGAAAAAAGGGUUCCAGAGAAAUGAGGGAGCAGGCAACUAGCUUCAGUUUUUGCUUAAUUAGGCAAUGCCUUUGGUAGAAUAAGUAAUAAUGCAGAGAGAAAUUGUUUAAGUGUAUAGCAAUACUACUUGAGAAGAUUCAUUGAUAAUAAGAAACACUGAGGAGGAAAAAACCAAGUUCUUGCAGCUUUGUUGCAUAAUAUUUAUUCAUUGUAUCUCAGAAACAUUGGUCAUUUUAUUAAUGAAGAGGACUGAGAUAUUUAUGUGCAA